AUGGCGGAGGAUAUCGUCAUAGACAAGACGCUCUUCUUCGAUCGCUUGUCGACUUUUUACAAUGCAUGGAAGGCAGAUAAACGAUCGGGAGCUGGAGUAUUCGGCGGAGUGGGAUCUAUCGUCAUUUUGAUGGGGAAAACAGAUGAGGCAAAUGCUUUUCAGAAAGCUAAUGCGAUGCACUUUUGGCUUCUCGGUUAUGAGUUCCCUGCCACUCUUUUUGUGUUGACUUUGGACACGAUGUAUGUCGUGACCACUGCGAAAAAGGCGAAACAUUUGGAGCCUCUCAAGGGGGGCAAGGUCCCUGUCGAAAUUUUAGUCACAUCAAAGGACCCUGCAGAUAAGGCAAAGGCCUUUUCGAAAUGCAUAGAAGUCAUCAAGGCUGCCGGAAAGAAAGUCGGAACUCUGCCUAAAGACAGCGCCCAAGGCCCUUUCGCCGAUGAAUGGAAACGUGCUUUUGCAGACGAUUUGAAAGAUGCGGAGGAAGUUGAUAUAUCUCCUGCUCUUUCUGCAGCAGCUUUCUCAAUCAAGGGACAGGAAGAAUUGGUGUCGAUGCGCAACGCAGCCCGCGCCUGCAGCGGUCUUAUGUCCGAAUAUUUCGUCGACGACAUGUCGCAGCUUUUGGACGAGGGCAAAAAGAUAACCCACAAGUCUUUGGCCGCAAGAAUCGAUGCCAAGAUUGACGACUCCAAAUUCUUCAAUAAGUUGGCAAAACUUCCGCCAGGAUUUGAUCCUCAACAAAUUGACUGGGCCUAUGGACCAGUAGUUCAAAGUGGAGGCAAUUAUGAUUUGCGUUUGACUGCGACCGCAAACUCAGAUGAGCUUCAUGCGGGCAUCAUUAUCGCAGGCUUUGGCAUUCGAUACAAGACAUACAGCGCCAUCAUCGCACGUACAUACCUAGUGGACCCAACAAAAGCUCAGGAGACGAAUUACGGAUUCCUCUUGAACGUCUACGAUGCAGUUAUCAAAGACAUUCGGGAUGGCGUGGCAGCCAAGGAUUUGUACAACAAGGCCAUUGGUAUGGUCCGUGCUAAACGACCUGAUUUAGAGAAUCACUUUGUCAAGAAUGUUGGUGCUGGCAUUGGAAUUGAACUCAAAGAUUCCAAUAUGAUUCUCAACGGAAAGAACAGCAGAACUUUGAAGAGUGGCAUGACUCUUUAUAUCUCUAUCGGCUUGACAGACGUUCGGGACACCGACUCAAAGGACAAAAAGAAGUCUGUUUAUUCUAUGGUCAUAACUGAUACUGUGCGUGUCAGUGAGACAAGCGCCCAUGUUUUUACUAAAGAUGCAGGUAUUGAUAUGGACUCGGUAUCCUUUUACUUCGGUGAUGAGGAAGAGCCUCAGAAAGCCACAAAAGAGAAGGCCGACGUUCGAUCUAGCGCUAUCGCCAGCAAGAACAUCACAAAAACCAAGCUGCGUGCCGAGAGACCGUCUCAAAUUAAUGAAGGUGCUGAAGCACGUCGUCGAGAGCAUCAGAAAGAACUCGCUUCCAAGAAAAUAAAGGAGGGUAUGGAAAGAUUCGCUGGCACUACUGGCGAUGGUAACGGCGAAGCUCAAAAGAAAUUCAAGCGAUUCGAGUCUUAUAAACGUGACAACCAGCUACCCCCCAGUGUGAAGGAUUUAACCGUACACGUUGACCACAAAGCAUCUACGGUUAUUGUGCCAAUUAUGGGCCGGCCUGUGCCAUUCCAUAUUAACACCAUCAAGAACGCCAGCAAGAGCGACGAAGGUGAAUACGCGUAUCUGCGAAUCAACUUCCUCUCUCCUGGUCAAGGUGUUGGACGAAAAGAUGACCAGCCAUUUGAAGACCCCUCUGCCAAUUUCGUUCGAAACUUGACUCUCCGAUCAAAGGACAAUGAUAGAUUUGCCCGUAUUGCUCAGGACAUUACUGAGCUUCGAAAGAAUGCGUUGCGUAGAGAGCAAGAGCGCAAGGAGAUGGAAGACGUGGUGGAACAAGACAAGCUCGUGGAGAUUCGCAACCGACGACCUGUGAAGCUACCCGAUGUCUACCUUCGCCCACCCUUGGACGGAAAGCGAGUUCCUGGUGAGGUGGAAAUUCAUCAAAACGGUCUACGAUACCAGUCACCACUCCGAAACGAACAUGUCGAUGUUCUAUUCAGCAAUGUCAAACACUUGUUCUUCCAGCCAUGUGCGCAUGAACUGAUUGUGAUCAUCCAUGUGCAUCUCAAGACCCCGAUCCUGAUCGGUAAAAGAAAGACAAAGGACGUCCAGUUCAUCCGAGAGGCCACCGAAAUGCAAUUCGAUGAGACAGGCAAUCGUCGCCGCAAGCAUCGUUAUGGUGAUGAAGAGGAGUUCGAGGCAGAACAGGAAGAGAGACGCCGCCGAGCAGCCUUGGAUAGAGAGUUCAAAGCUUUUGCCGAGAAGAUUUCAGAUGCCGGGAAAGAUGAAGGUGUUGACGUGGAUAUUCCAUUCCGAGAAAUUGGAUUCAGUGGUGUGCCGAAUAGAUCUAAUGUUCUAAUUCAACCGAGUACGGAUGCUAUCGUCCAAUUGACUGAGCCACCCUUCCUGGUGGUUACCUUGAACGAAAUCGAAGUCGCUCAUUUAGAGCGUGUACAGUUCGGUUUGAAAAACUUUGAUCUUGUCUUUGUCCUAAAGGACUUCAACCGGCCACCCAUUCAUAUCAACACUAUUCCGGUUGAAUCACUGGAAGGAGUCAAGGAUUGGCUCGACUCAGUAGACAUUCCAUUCACUGAAGGACCUCUCAACUUGAACUGGAGCACCAUUAUGAAGACGGUUGCUGCUGACCCCUACGGCUUUUUCGCCGAGGGAGGUUGGUCAUUCUUGGCUGCUGAAUCCGACUCUGAGGAUUCAGAGUCAGAGGAAGAGUCUGCCUUUGAACUUUCUGAAUCUGAACUGAAUGCGACAGAGGAAAGCUCAGAGGACGACAGUGACUUUGACGACGAUGCUAGUGCUGAGGCCAGUGAUGAGGACCUCAGUGCUGAUGAAGAGAGUGGCGAGGAUUGGGAUGAGUUGGAGAAACAGGCAAAGAAGAAAGAUAGGGAGAGCGGACUUGACGAGGAGCGCAGUAAGAAGCGUAAGCGCUAG